AUGUUGACUCUGGCUCCCGUCUUAACUGUGUCCUAUGAAGCCAAGAUUUCAUUUCUGCUCAUUUCCGUCCUGGAGUUUGCAGUGGGGAUCCUGGUCAAUGCGUUCAUUGCCUUGGUGAACUUCUGGGACAUGGUGAAGGGGCGGCCGUUGAACAACUGUGACAUUGUGCUGCUGUGCCUCAGCAUCACGCGGCUCUUCCUGCAGGGGUUGCUGCUUCUGGAUGCCAUUCAGCUCACCUGCUUCCAGCAGAUGAAAGACCCACUGAGCCACAACUACCAAGCCAUCCUCACUCUCUGGAUGAUCGCAAACCAAGUGAGCCUGUGGUUUGCCGCCUGCCUCAGUCUCCUCUACUGCUCCAGGAUCGUCCGUUUCUCCCACACCUCCCUGCUCCACUUAGCAAGCUGGGUCUCCAGGAGAUUUUGCCAGGUGCUUCUAGGUGCUCUUCUUUUCUCCUGCAUCUGCACCGUCCUCUGUUUGUGGGACUUUUUCAGCAGAUCCCACUUCAUGGGCACAUCUGUGUUACCUGUGAAUAACACAGAAUUCAGUUCCCAAAUGGCAAAACUCAAUUUCUUUUAUUCAUUUAUCUUCUGCAAUGUGGGGUCUAUCCCCCCUUCUCUAGCUUUCCUGGCUUCCUCCGGAGUGCUGUUUAUCUCCCUGGGCAGUCACAUGAGGGCCAUGAAGUCCCGAAUCAGAGACUCUCGUGACCCCAGCCUUGAGGCCCACAUCAGAGCCAUCAUAUUUCUGGUUUCUUUUCUUUGUUUCUAUGUGCUGUCAUUCUUUGCCGCCUUGGUCUCAAUGCCUUUACUAGUGCUGUGGCACAAUAAGGGAGGAGUGAUGGUUUGUAUAGGGAUGAUGGCGGCUUGCCCUUCUGGACACGCAGCUAUCCUCAUAGCAGGCAAUGCCAAGCUGAGGAGGGCCAUAGAGACCAUGCUAUUCUGGUUUCAAAGCAGCCAGAAGGUGAGAAAAGACCAAAAGAUGCUUCCCGGGACACUCUGA